UCACAUAAAGGAAACACUAGGACUUGUGGCGACACCCUUCAAGAAUAAAAAAAGUUAGAAAAUGGGACCACCAUAUGUGGUAUGUGAGGAAAAACAAGAGCCAGGACCACAGAAGAGCAUAGAAGAAAACAAACAAGUGGAUGAAGAUGCUGAGCUGAUCUUUGUUGGGGUGGAACAUGUAAAUGAAGAUGCUGAGUUGAUCUUCGUUGGGGUGACUUCACAUGCAAAACCAGUCGUUUCCCACAUCUUGAACAGAGUCACCCCGGGUUCGUGUUCAAGGAGAAAAAAGUAUGGUAAGCUCAGAAAAGAUACAGCUCACAAAUUGCAGCCUGUAAGUCAUGUGACCCGUACAUCCGAAGCAGUGACUGUCUUGCCAGUUCCUGAGCCUGAAUCAAGAUUAACAGAUAGUCCUAUUAUUAUUGAGCCUUUGUCUGAACCUGAUUAUAGAAGUAAUUCACCACAAGUUGUGCCUAAUAGCUCUUCAGAGUUAUGUUCUCCUUUGAUUACAUUCACAAGUUCAUUGCAGCAUCCAGUGGGAUCAGCACUUUCUAUAGGAGGUCUGAGUAAAAGUCCUGGUGCAUCAAAGCGACUUUGCACUUCUGAAGUAAACAGCAUAAAUCCAAAAAGGCCUAAACUCAGUGACAAAAUCACAGGGGGACAGUCUUCAGUUGUGUCCUCUUCAGGAAUCUUUCAUACAAUGAUUCCUCAGCAAAGCACACCCUCAAACGGUGUUCAUACCUCAUUAAGCCCUAUUCAGACCGGAGCACUUUUUCCAACAGCUUUUCCAAAGGACAGAGUCCAUUUCAAGACUAUAAAUCCUGUUGGAGAAAAUAGACUGACAAAAACAGAUCUUUUGAGCCUAGCAAGUCAAAACAAAACUGACGAUCUCAAGAAAGGAAAUCUGAUUGUGUUACUUCAUGACUUUUACUAUGGACAACAUCCAGGAGAUAGGCAGCCAGAACAGAAGACUCACACAACCUUUAAAUGCUUCAGCUGCAGGAAAGUUCUAAAAAAUGUCAAGUUUAUGAAUCACGUGAAGCACCAUUUGGAACUUGAGAAGCAGGGAGAUGACAACUGGAAAAACCACACCACCUGCCAGCAUUGCCACCGGCAGUUUCCCACUCCCUUCCAGCUGCAGUGUCACAUUGAAAGUGUGCACACAGCCCAGGAGUCCUCUGCUGUCUGUAGAAUUUGUGAAUUGUCAUUUGAAACAGAUCAGGUUCUCUUACAGCACAUGAAGGACAAUCAUAAGCCUGGCGAAAUGCCCUACGUGUGCCAGGUUUGCAAUUAUAGAUCGUCGGCCUUUGCUGAUGUGGAAACACAUUUCAGAACCUGGCAUGCAAGCACUAAGAAUCUGCUUUGUCCAUUUUGUCUCAAAAUUUUCAAACUGGCAGCACCCUACAUGUAUCAUUAUAGAGGACACUGGGAAAAGUUUAUUCAUCAGUGUUCCAAAUGCCGGCUACAGUUUUUAACUUUCAAGGAGAAAAUGGAGCACAAGACCCGGUGUCAUCAAAUGUUUAAGAAGCCUGAGCAACUGGAAGGAUUGCCUCCUGAAACUAAAGUUGUUAUUCAGGUAUCACUGGAGCCUCUUCAACCAGGGUCAGUGGAAGUAGCAUCCAUUAUUGUGAGCACAUCUGAUUCUGAACCAUCACCUUAGACCUAAAUGUAGAAUUAAAACAACAACAACCGUUAAUCCCAUUUUCAGGAAAUUUAAAGCAAGUACUUUAAUGAAAGUGAGAAACCUCAUAAAUAAAAAAAUACAAAACAUUAGUAGCUUAAAAAUAGUGAAACCAAUGGGUCAUUUAUGAGUUUUUUUUAUAUAAAAUUCACGAAAUUCAGUAUUAUUUGAUACGAGUUUUGAGAUGUUAUUUAAAAAAUGUGUUAACUGCUUUUUAUGUGACUGUAUCUGGCUUAACACAAAAGGUGCUUGUGUAUGUAUAUGUAUGUGAAAGAAAAGCCAGAAACCUAUUUAUUACUUUUCUAUUUCAUGUUACUUGUGGGUGUGAAAUCUCUUUUUUCUGUAUAUAGAAUCUGUAGAGUUACAUGCCUUGAAGAUUAUAAUAUUAACUCUAGUCAGACUGGACUGGCUUUGGUGUGGCAUGGUCCUGUUUACUGCUGAAGUCCCAGAAGUGCCUCUGUUUUGCAGGCCUAAAGUAACCUGCCUCAACAUCUGGGUGUGGAGAAGUUGAGGGAGAAGCUAUGGCGUGAGUGGGACCAGGAAGUGGGAGGUUAGUCAAUGGAGAGCAGAGGCAGUUUUUCCCAGUGGAGAGAGCGGCACACACUCACUUGUCUUGGAGCCAAGACAGAAAGAAUACUGUGUCAGUGUCGUUAUCCCGCCCAAGUACAUCCAAAGAGGCAAAGUCAUUAUAAUUAAAUGCCUAUGUUUGGUGAGGGGCCCCUGCAGACAUCAGCCAACCAGUGUAUCAUUGGCUUAAGCAGAGGGAGCGAAUAGAAUGGGGCCGGGUGCCAAUGGGCCUCUUGUUGAGGGACCCACAAGGAGAUUCAGUUUGUUCCCUCCCCUCCUUUCUGGCUGGCCUUUAGUCAGAAUGAGCUAUGUCCCUUACAGCCACAGCAGUAAAGAAGUAAAGUUUCCCAUGACAAAGAAGCACUGACAUCCAUAGUUUGAACUGUACUGGACCCAUAAUUUUAACUGAAAAGGGCCAAAUUGUAUCUGUCCAGUUCAUGGACUGAGCUCAGUUUAGUUCUCUAACAGUUAAGCCGGAAUGGGCAUUGUCCAAGAACAGUAGGUACAGUGGCUACAAAUAGCCCAGGUGAUUUACUAAAAUAAGCUUGUUAUAGGGCUUUUCCGUGUAUUUUUCUAUGUUCGUGUAUCUUUCCCUAAUUGAACAUGUGAAGUUUGCAGUUUUGUAUCUUGCCUUGUUGGGCAUGAAUGUAUUACAGUUAAGAGUUAUUGUCUUGUGUGUGUAAUUUCCCAUUUCAUCAAAGUAAUACCUUUUGAGUCUUGACACAUUCCAAUGUGCAAGUAAUGUUCCUUUUAUUUUAAUAAGUAUUAGGUCGUAGAGUUAUUGCCCUUCAUCUAAUCUGUCCACCUAUCUAUUAUGUGAAUAUACUAUGAGGAGACCUUCCCCUGCCAUUUCCAAGGGUCCUUUCACAGAACUGUGGAAUACUCUCUGAGUUUGAUUUCUGAACAUCGGCGACCUUGGCUGCUUCUGUGGGUUCCCAGGGUUGAGUCUCCCCCAGUAUAUUCUAGUGCCAUCCCUUCUUCUACCCCCCGCCCAGGUACCCAGCAGCCUCUGUGCUCCACUCAAGGAAUCUGGGAUCCUGGGUAGAGAUCUAAGCCAGGAAAAUCUUUUUUUCCCUUUGCUUUCUCUUCUUCAAGGCACCUUAUAUCUCCCUACUCCUUUCUUCCCUCCUCAAUCUAUUUAAAUUCCGUAAACUUUCACAAAAACCUGAGAAGUGAUCAUCAUCAAGGGUUUAGCAUCCCUCUUAAGAGUUGGGGAGGAGGCACUAGACAGUAAAGUAGCUGUGAGUGUAUUGUCCAUGUUUUAGAUAAUAUCCUAGGUGUGGAUUCUUGUUGUAUUUGCUCAAUGCUUGACUAAUUGAUUGAUGGAUUUGCACUUUGAACAUUUUACUAGGCCUUUUCAGUUUGUUUGCUUGGGCCAAGGCACUUUGCUAAAAUUUUAGCCUGAACUCCUUUCUUUAGGGGUAGAAAAGUGUGGUGUGUAUGUGUGUGUGUGUUGGUAUCAGGUGGAAAUUUCUGGGUAUAACUAGAUCUUUAGACUUUGCAUACUUAUCUCCCUUAUUCUGUUUCGAUGGUAAAAAUAUGAAAAGUUUUUAUUCUAUGUGUUUGUGGCUACUUGGUUUUAUCAACUGCUACUAUUGUUUGCUAUUUCACUAAAAUAUGCCCCUAAGGAGUACAAAUUGUUACUUAUUGCCAAGGUUUCAGUGAUAUAGCCCCUGCCUACCUCCUCUCUGUUUUUCAUUCUGUACCAUGCUUCUCUACCAUUUUCCCCACUGGUGCACUAUUUUUGAUGCACUGGCCUUGCUUUUCCUCAAGCAAAUCACAUUUCUUCCUAAUCCAAAGACUUUGCAACUGCUGUUCUUUGUCUUAGAAUUCUCUUCCCCUAGACCUGCAUGGCUUUCUACCUCAAUUAUUUGUUGGACAUUUCCUUUGAUUCGUUGAGUUUCAUUAAAGUUCUUAAAAUGACACGGACAAUGAAAUUCGGCCCCACCCCUUUUCUUCUCCAAAGAGACACUUUAUAUCUCUUUUCUGCUUUCUUCCCUCUCUCACCUAGUUAAAUUUCCUAGGUUUUCACAAAAAAACUAGGAAGGGAUACUUAUUAAGGACUUUGCUCCUCUCUUAGAAUGGAGCUCGCUCAAGUCCAUUUCUGUGCCUGCAACCAAAAGAAAAUUAAUAUAGUGAGUUGAGUUCCUUCAGGAGCUUUCUCUGUUUUUCUAUUGAUAUCUCUAUAUUUUUUAAAGCAAUGCCACUUUGUUUUGUUUACAAAUAUAUUGAAUAGCUGUCAAGAUUACUAUUUUGUUAUUAACCCUCAUGAAUGUCCAUGUCUAUUUGGCUUGCUUGUUCUUUCAGAUAAAUUUUAUUUUAGUAUUGUUGCC